AUGGGCGAGAGCUGCUGGCUGGAAGGAAAUGAAGAGACCAAAAAAAUCGCUGCAUACACAGGAGGCUCAGUACUGCUGCCCUGCUCCUGCACUGACCUCCAAACCACACCUGAGACAUUCACAUGGGAGAGAUACACAACAAAUGCAAAGAAAUGGGAAAAGAUAUCUCCUGAGAGUGAGCAGUACAAAGAGAGAUUUCAGCUGGUUAAUGAUCGCUCUUCAGGAAAUCUCUCUCUGCUCAUAUCACACCUGACUGAAGAGGAUGGAGGAGAUUACAGGUGUAGUGUUAAAGGGAGUCAUUACAGAGACAUCAAACUCACUGUUAAAGGUUGCACACUGAAUCGACAGAGAGAGACUGUGACUCGAUACGUGGGACAGUCUGUCCUUCUGCCCUGCUCCUGCUCUGAACUACAAGCCAAACCACACACUUUCACAUGGACGUUUUUAAAUGGUUCUGAUUCCAAAGAAAUCUUCCCAAAGGACCAGACAAAUCUCUACACAGACAGAGUUCAGCUCUUUAAUGAUCAUCUUCCAGGAAAUCUCUCUCUGCUCAUAUCACACCUGACUGAAGAGGAUGGAGGACGGUACAGGUGUAGGAUCAGGAACAGAAUCUACAGAGACAUCCAUCUCACAGUAAGAGACGCACCGACAAAACCUUCAUCUGCACCAGUGACCAGAAGAACUUCAUCUCAUUCCAAACCAGAGCAUCUUCCCUACGUCCCCUUCGCCGUAGUGACUGUGUUCUUUCUGCACAUUAUCGUGGCUGUGGUCUAUUACACCACCAGAAAGAAAGUUGCACUACUGUCAGAGCUCAGAAUUGAUUCAGCACCGUUGAUUAAUCUGACCAAUCAGAAUGGAGAACUCAAACCUCCAUGUGUCCUUUUCACUUGUCUUCUGUUCCACACAGAGACUCCCACAAACCCAAAUCCUCGCAACAUCAUCAUCAUCAUCUGUACUGCUGUUGGGGUUCUGCUGCUGCUGCUACUCGGAGGAGUCAUGUACUGGAAACACAGAGCACAGAGACGAGGACAGACCGAGAUAGGUGAUGGACAAACAGGACAGAGGACACAGCAGAAGAAGCAGAAUGAUUUGGAUGUUCUGUACACAGCUAUAAAUCCACAAACUAAACGCAAGAAAGCAGAAGAAAAGGAUGAUGUGACGUACUCGACUAUAGUCCACAGCAGCCCUGUGAGAGCAGCACACACUCAAGAGGCAUCAGGAGAUACAACAGUAUAUGCCAGCAUCAAAACUAACUAA